AAUGGAAUUGCCUUCAAUAAUGUGAAUACUAACGUCUCUAAUUAUCCAUUUGAUAAAAAACUAUACGAAGAUGUAUUGGAUCCGGAAUUGUGUCGGAGACAAUUAGAUUAUUUAAUGGGAAAUAACACUGCUUUAAUGUUUCGAUUUCAAGAUGCAAGUGCAAGAUUACCAAGAGGAAUAUUACAGGGAAACUUGGUUGACUUAGGCAAUUACCAUCAAUGCUUAGAUAUAAACGAAGGUGCAGAAAAUAUGAAUAUUCAAGGAAAAUAUUGUAUGACAAGAGUAUCGGCGGUCAAUAAUACCCAAAUGUUUGAAUUUCUUUCGAAAAUAUCUCCUUUUGAUAUUAAUAACAUAGUAGAUAAGAUGAUGAAUGACAGAGUUAACGAUUAUGUAAAACUAGAACGAAGCUUUCAACCAAUUUUUGUAAUGCCUGAACGUAAUAUGAGGGUUGGUGCAGAUAAUUCUUUGUCUUUUACUCAAUCUGGAUUUGGCAUGUGUAUACCUGCGUCUUGCACAGUACAGGAAGCUUUAUCCGCCUUUUUCUUUAACUUGACUGAAACUGGAAUUAAUGUGAAUGCAGAUUUUUAUCGCCUUCCUAAUGAUAAGCCAUGGGUACCAGCGGAUUAUGUUGCAAUAGUGGUGUUUUCAUCCAUUGGACUACUAGUCAUACUUAGCACGAUCUACGAUGUUUGGCUGAGAUUACUUCUCAAAAAAGAUCCAAAAGAUAUAAGCGUCCUUUACAGUUCGUUCUCCACAUAUACCAAUUGCCGACGCUUACUUACAUUCAAAUCGAGUCCCAACUCGUUACAUUGUAUUGAUGGUAUCAGAGCUUUGGCUAUGUUCUGGGUCAUCGCUGGUCACACUAUUUUUUAUGUAGCUUUCUGCAUCAAUCGACUUGACGGUCUUCAAUGGUUAAUUUCCAGGAAGGCAUUCUGGAUUACAUCUGCUCCUAUCACUGUUGAUACAUUUUUCAUGAUAAGUGGUCUUCUUGUAGUCUAUACUACUGCAGGAAAAUUAAAUAAUAUUCAACUAAUAAGAAAUCUGCCCAUUUUCUACCUGAGUCGACUUCUCCGAAUGUUUCCGAUCCUUGCUGCCAUGAUAUUAUACUUAGUAUCUUUCCACAACCGCAUUGCGGAUGGUCCUAACUGGAAUAUACCAGCUCAGAAUGUACUCACUUGCAGGCAGUAUUGGUGGUCCGCACUACUGCAUAUACAAAAUUGGUAUAAUGCCAAGGCUAUGUGUCUUGGUGAGAGCUGGUAUCUAUCUGUUGAUGUUCAGUUGCACAUAUUGUCACCAAUAGUAUUGUUCUGGGUGCUAACUGGCAGAAAACUCUGGGCGUGGACUGCAUUAACUCUUGGUUUAUUAACAUCUGUAGCUGCUGCCACUGCAUAUAACUUUGUUAAUAACUUUCAAUCGGGGAUAUUUUCACAAAACAUCGACAAAAUUCAAAAAUACCAAAUUUACUAUUACACGAAUACUUUAACUCGCGCUUCUCCUUUCUUUGUGGGUAUGGUUUUUGGUUACAUAUUACAUAUAUGGAAAGGAAGACUCUUAAAAAUCAAUAAGGUAAUAAUUUGGAUUAUUUGGUUAUGUGCUUUGUCACUUCUUGGCCUCGUGGUGUACUGCGUACGUUUGAAUUUAGAAAAAGACUGGGACAAUCAGUUGGUGGACAAUAUUUUAAAUUCUUUCAUGAGACCCGCUUGGGCUAUAGGACUUGGAUGGGUGAUCUUUGCUUGUGAGAAAGGACAUGGAGGUCCAAUAAAAUGGUUUCUAUGUCUUGAUAUCUGGAAGUUACCAGCACGUUUGUCAUACGCUAUGUAUUUAAUACAUUUGACUUUAAUCACCACAAAGUAUUCGACUGCAAGUUUGCAAAAUUACUUCUCCGUAGAAAAUCUGAUUUUUGACAUAACAACAUUUUUGAUGAUUACUAUGUUGAUUGCAUUCGUGGCAACCCUGACUAUUGAUGCACCAUUCACCACAUUAUUCAAGCUUUUAAUAUUUAAAGAUAAAUUAACUACAAAAACACAAAAUAGAACAGUUUCAAAAGAGUUAUCAGAGACAGUUAAUAAUGGUCCAAAUAUAUUGGAACAUGAAGGUGAAAUAACCUCAAAAAAAAUAUAA